UAGCCCGGACUCGGAGCCAAGGCACAGGCUGUACCCUGCAGAGAUCACAUGGACUCUGGUGUGCUUUUGUCACGUGCACGCAAUGUUUUUCCAGCUCGCACAGUCUCGUCUAACCAGCCACUCCACCACCACUAACACCACCCACAACAACCACAAUCCCUCUGUGCCUGCACUCUGCGUGCGAGCAAUACAGCACGCGGCUUAAAACCUUGUUAUCGCAUCCAACGAACAAAUAUAAGCGGCUUUCAGUAUUUUCUCUAUAUCUGACUUGCCUGCAGAUGUUGAGAGUCUUUGUCAGGGUUGCUUCAGGAGUUGGACACCUGCGUGCUGUUGGCAGGGUCCAAAGGGAAGUCAGAUAUAGGAGGGGUCAAAGGGUGUGUUGGGGUGCAUUCCAGUGUGUUAGUCGAGGAAGGAGAGCUCAGUGAGAAACAUAAAUCAACACAUUCGAGGAGCUAAAUGUGGAGUUCACAUAUUUAUGUAGAAAUAAUUUAGUGUGUCAGAGAAGGCUGUCAAGGCUGCAAUCAGUCAAUAUUUAUCAGUGUGCUUUUAAGUCCUGCACUGCAUAUCUUAUUUUAUUUUAUCUUUCCCAUUGUUGUAGUUGUAAUUUCCUCUAGCCUGGUUUCUUGCAAGCCAAGCUUCCCUCUCAUAUAUCUGGUCAUGUGUCCUGUGGACAGGAUCAGCAGCUCCUGCAUGAGUGACCUGGAGGAUUGAAGUCCUCUUGAUUUGCAUGUCUUGGUUUUUAGCAAACUUUACUCAAACAGCAGGAAAUAACGUGCAUUUGGUGGGGACUAUUUUCAGUUGUGUUUUAAUGCACAAUCUUAAAUCUAAGCAAUAUAAUAGUUAAUAUUUAGUCAAAAUAAUCUAUAGUGUGUGUUCAUGAUAAUAAAGGAACAUGUCACUCAGUGCAAUAGUGUGGCUCAAUGAUGUGUUUUUAAAAGUUUUGUGGACAACACUGGAGCUGUAUGGUACAGAGGAAGAAGCUGCACACACAGCACGUCAUGUGAACCAGUUCCAGUCAUCUUUUUGCCCUUUAGCCCCAAAGUGCAGUCUUUGAGGGAAAGAACUGGCUGUGGUCCCGUGUUACACCCAGGUCAGAGUUCAGCAGCUCUGUCCCUGCACACAGAGACAACCAGCAGCUCCGCUUAUCACGAACUGCAGCACUAUCACCCACAGAGCUGCAUGAUAACACUCUGAUAUGAUCACCUAGCGUGACACCGACCUGCAACCUUCACAUCUAAUGAAAGCAAUUUCUGCAGCAUUGCCCUCAGCCCGGGACACCCCCAGCCCCAUAGACCCAGAGUCCAUCCAGGUGCCCCUGAGCUACGAGCCUGACCCGGCAGACCUGGCUCUGUCCAGUGUGCCCGGCCAGGAAAUGUUCGACCCCAGGAAACGCAAAUUCUCCGCAGAGGAGCUGAAGCCACAGCCCAUGAUCAAGAAAGCCCGCAAGGUUUUCAUUCCCGAAGACCUAAAGGAUGAUAAAUACUGGGCCCGGCGCAGAAAGAACAACGUGGCAGCCAAGAGGUCACGGGACGCCCGGCGGCUGAAGGAGAACCAGAUCGCCAUCCGGGCCGGGUUUCUGGAGAAGGAGAACGCCGCUCUCCGCAUAGAGGUAGCGGACAUGAGGAAGGAGCUGGGCCGGUGCAAAAACAUUCUGGCUAAAUACGAGGCCCGACACGGGCCUCUGUGAGCCCCCCCAAAAAACCCAACCCACUCCCACUUCAUUACCCCAACCCACCUUCCCUUAAGUUUGAAGGACUAUGUGCCUCUUUUGGUGGCACUGCCCCCUCCUCCUCCACCUCCAACUCGUCCUCCUCCCGCAAACCUCCUGCCUCCCCCUCCCCUCCCCCCUUAACCAACACACACCUGUAUGAUUCAGGUAUUAUAUCUGUCAUUUUGACUUCUAUCAUAAGCUUCAAUUUGUCUGUUCCUUCUUUUAUUUUCUGUACACAUUGUUCGACUAAAUAUAUAUACAUAGAUAAAUAUAUGUAUUUACACAUGCAUACUUCCCACUUUAAUGUACUGUGAGGAGUUAUGAGCCAACCCACCAGCUGAGUCCACCACAACCUUCCACUUUUGAGAAACAAUGCCAUGGUGUUUGUUGUUCACUUUCAUACCGAUUUUAUACGUGACAUCAGGACUGAAAACUGUUUCCUGUUUCCCUUCUUCUAUGUCUUCUUCUUCUUCUGGUAUUAACAUGUGACGUGUCUGCUUAUAACCCCCAAAACUUGUGUUUUUAAUGCCCUCUAAACCGUUUGCUUGUCUCCCAUUAGCAACGUUUAACCCCUUUUCUUGAUGUACAUGUUGUGUUACUGUUUUGCCUCCCAGCGCUCUAACUCAUCUACCCCUCUGGCUUCAGUAACAGCGUUUUCGUUAUUUUAAAACAUAGCACAUUUUUUGUGCAAUGGUGGUGCAGAGUUGCCGUUUCAAAAAUAUAUAUUGUUUUAGUUUUUCUCCUUCAUCCGGACACUGAGCAAUAAUUCCUAUCCAGAACUAAACUAACAUGACUACCUACAUGUCCCUCACCCCUCCCUGCUCCUAGAUCUCGCCCUUCUUUCCACCUCUCACUUUAGCUCACCUCAAUUAACUAAGGGUAGCUAACCUCUGCACUAACGCGCGUCUCACAAUCUGAUCCGGUGCAACGGUUCCACUCGCUCAAAAUUCCUCCGCCUCAUAUUUAUCAACCUUUUAUUUCUCAGAUGGAAGAUUGUUGUUUUUUUUAAUAUAUAUAUAUAUAUAUAUACAUAUAUAUGUAUUCUGUUGAUAUAAUUGUUAGUAUUAAUACUGCUCUUGACAUUGUUGUCGUUUAGCCUCCUCCUUGUUUUCAGAUUUAAGCAUGAUUUUCUUUCACUGAACGAAAAGCUGUUUGCAAAUCUUUUUUUCUUUUUUUUUUUGCAAAGUUGUUGAUAAUUCUGUUUGCUUCUGUUUAACUUAGCAUGAUUAAUAUGAGUGCUUUUAUUUUAGAAAUGAAUCCAGAUGUCUGUAGUCUCUCAUUGUAGCUCUACGUUUGCCCUCUUUUUAAAGAUGGCUGUAUGAAUGUAAAAGAUGUUGACAAAAAAAAGUUGGAUGGUGUUGUCCAAUACUGUGGUUAACCCAAUCAAUUUGUUUACUGCAGACCAAACGAUUCACAACAGAGAUGAUAUAUUGGUUACAAGAGAUAUGUUUAUAUAAACCUAUUCUAUAAGUUGUUCUUUUUGUACAGUAUUUUUCCUAUACAUUAAUGAACUAUGUAUUUUAAAGGCACAACAGAUCCAGAAUAUUAUUAAAGAAUACAAGUAUAUAACUCAAAGACAAAUGCAUAUAGUGGUAUUUUGAUAAUCUAUAUUAGCUAGGAUGUGGUAGUUUUAGAGAUUUGUGGAUAUUAAGCAGCACCCAAACCUCCAGGGCAUUAUUAUUAUCUUUAUGAAUAUUAUUAUUAUGAUGACACUCCUGCUUAUGUUGGUGCCACCUUUAACCAUGCCAUGUAAAUCCCAUUUAACUCUAAGGAAGCCAAUGCUGAAAAUGCAGUCCAAAAGAGAGAAUGUACACUUGUGCCCUAUUCAAAAUCCAUCAACUCAAACCCAACAAGAAAACACUUGUAACCUUCCGCCGACACUUCCGGACAUUUAAUAAGUCGUCGAGGCUUUCUUUUCUUUCAGUGGUGAAUAUUUUAACUUCUCAAGGCUUUUUGUAACCACACAGCUUGUUAGUUUGUUUCUUUUAGAUCUUAUUUGACGGGAUGAAGUUACUAUGAAGGAAGGGAAAUCUAUAGCUGGUUUUCUAUUGCUGCUCUGUGUGUGUUUGUUUCCUUCCAAUGCAGUUGUAGCGUGUCCCUGACCCUGAGUGAUGGACACUGGAAAGCUUCAUUUCUUUUGUGAAAGUGAAAGCUUGCAGUGGAGUCCCCCCCCCACCCCACCCCAAAUGUUAGUUGUGCUGUAGUGUAGCGCUGCAUGCUGCAAAAUUUUUUGCCAGUCAGUCCAAGACUCGGAUGCGACCGAUUUAUGUUUUUGAGGGCUGAUAUUGAUGUUUCUGAUAAUUUGUAUGGAAGUCCAGGGCUGUCGAAUUAAAAAUGAAAUCAUCCAAAGAAAUAGUUUGACAUUUGCUGACAGUUAAUACCACUUUCAUGUUUCAUUAAGUAUGAAAAUACAAUUAGCAACCAUUUAGCUUAGCAUAACACAAAGACUCAAAUGGAGGGAAUCAAAACCCACCUACCAGCACCUCUAAACUGUUGAUAUUACACUUUGGUUUGGUGUACAGUUUGGUUUUAUGUAUGUAUAUUUCCUGGAUGGGUGCAAUGGUGACAAAUACUUUGGUCACGAUAUUUUUACACUUUUGUGUCUUUCUUGUACAAAUUAAACAGACGGGAUAUAACAUGAAAAUUAAGUGCUGGUGAGUUCUGGCCACUUCCCCUAUUUCCAGUCUUGUACCAAGCUAAGCUAACCAACUGCUGGCUGUAGCUUAGAGGACAUGGGAGUAUUGAUUUUCUGAUCUAACUGGGCAAAAAGAAUCCCAAAAUAUGAAAUUACCCCCUUUUUAUACAAUAGAAAUGUCCUAUUCUAUUUGGAUGUGUAUAACAUGUGAUUGAAAUUAACAUUUUUAUGUUACAUUUUAUGUUUCAUCACCCAAACAGUAAAUGAAAUUAUUCUUAAUGAGUAAAUAAUUUUAUUUGAAUAGUGGCAGCCCUGGACUUCCAUAUUUUUGUGCCGACAUCUUUAUAUUUUGAGGCAUCAGUAUUUGGUUCUUUUCAGGGUGGAAAAGAUUUGAAAACAUUACAACCCUAAACAAAACAAUUAGAAAAGCCAAUAUCGGCCCAAUAAAACAUCUAAGGAUAUAUAAGUCAAAUCCCAGUCCAGGCUUGGUUGAACGUUAUUGAUCCGAUCCAUAGGUGUGUGCGACAUAAAGUGAUUAUUUUCUAACCACAAACUAAUUUCUUAGUAUUUCUGCGCUUUAGAGGGAGUUUCCCUUCUUAUCUGCAGAGACGCACUCGAGUAUGAACAGGGUUCGAAGAGAAGAGUCAAGACUGGAACGAUGCCUCCUGAAUCUGGUUAGCAUCUUUAUAUGAAAUCAUACAAAUAUAGGAAAAAGCCAAUAAUUAAUCCAUGUGUAUCCCAAAAUUACCUCACUGUCGAGUGAUUUCACUACCUCACCCGGAAACGUUAACCAUAAUUCUGAGUCUAUUCCAGUGCCUUGAAUACACUGACUGUUCCCCAGUCUCUCAGCAAUGUAAAGUUCUCAUCACAGCACCAAUCGGAUAUGUUCACAUCUGCACUGAAGGGCUUCUUAGUGCGUCAAAAAAUCUAUAUAUAUAUACACUGACAACUCUUUUCAUUUCUUAUUUUGGACAUUGCAACAGACUUGUAACCAUUGUAUUCAUGGCAACACCAACAGACUGUUUCAGCGUGUAUAAAAAUACAACAGAAAUGUGUAUUCGGUCUUGUUUGUCAUGGAAUGGAUGCAUAACAUUUAUUUGUGCAGUUUGGCCCUUAGCCUCUCCGUUUCUCUGUAAUUUGUAGUGUCUAAUAAAAUCCCAAUUCUUUUCUGA